CAAAUGGAGUUCUGUCUUUGUGGGGACCGGGCGCAGAAUCGCGUCGAGUCCGCCCGCCCUCGCCCGGCGGAGGGAUCUUCCCGCCGCUGAGGACCUAGCGGGGAGCGGCGCUGACGGGGAGGGGGCUCGUGGAGGUGUCACUUUGAGCUGCCCACCCCCGCCCCGGCUCCUUCCUAACCUCUGGCGUUUGGUGUGUGCAGAAUGGCGCGCUUUGGAGACGAGCUGCCCAACAGGUAUGGAGGCGGCGGCGGCGGCGGAGCAGGCGGCGGCGGUGGCGGCGCCGGCGGACAGGGGGGCGCCGGCCGCGGAGGCAGCCGCCAAGGGGGCCCCCCGGGAGCGCAGCGGAUGUACAAGCAGUCCAUGGCCCAGAGGGCCCGGACCAUGGCCCUGUACAACCCCAUCCCCGUGCGGCAGAGCUGCCUGACCGUCAACCGCUCGCUCUUCCUCUUCAGCGAGGACAACCUGGUGAGGAAGUACGCCAAGAAGAUCACCGAAUGGCCGCCCUUCGAGUGGAUGAUCCUCACCACCAUCAUCGCAAACUGCAUCGUGCUGGCGUUGGAGCAGCACCUCCCCGACAACGACAAGACGCCGCUGUCCGAGCGACUGGAAGACACGGAGCCCUACUUCAUCGCCAUCUUCUGCUUCGAGUCGGGGAUCAAGAUCCUGGCGCUGGGCUUCGCGCUCCACAAGGGGUCGUACCUGCGCAACGGCUGGAACGUCAUGGACUUUGUGGUCGUGCUCACCGGUAUUUUGUCGUCGGUGGGGACUCAGCUCGACCUGAGGACACUGCGGGCUGUCCGAGUACUGCGACCUCUCAAACUGGUGUCCGGGAUUCCCAGCCUUCAGGUGGUGCUCAAGUCCAUCAUGAAAGCCAUGAUCCCGCUGCUGCAGAUCGGCCUGCUGCUGUUCGUGGCCAUCCUCAUGUUCGCCAUCAUCGGCCUGGAGUUCUACAUGGGGAAGUUCCACACCACCUGCUUCGACGAAAUGACAGGCGAGAUCGUGGGCGAGCUGCCGUGCGGCCCCAAGCCGCCGGCCAGGUUGUGUAGCAACAGCACGACGUGCCGAGGCGGCUGGAUCGGGCCCAACUACGGCAUCACCCAGUUCGACAACAUACUGUUUGCCGUGCUCACCGUCUUCCAGUGCAUCACCAUGGAGGGCUGGACCGAGAUGCUGUACUACAGCAACGAUGUGGAGGGCAGCUCGUGGAACUGGAUGUACUACAUCCCCCUCAUCAUCAUCGGCUCCUUCUUCAUGCUCAACCUGGUUCUGGGUGUCCUCUCAGGUGAAUUUGCCAAAGAGCGAGAGCGAGUGGAGAACCGGAGUGAGUUCCUCAAGCUGAGGCGGCAGCAGCAGAUCGAGCGCGAGCUCAACGGUUACCUGGAGUGGAUCUGCAAAGCAGAAGAAGUGAUUCUGGCAGAGGACGACACCACUGGGAACUUUGACGGUUCCAGACGAAGGCCGACCAUCAAAACCAAGAAUAACAAGACGGAGCUGCUCAACACGGAGGAGGGCGAGGACAGCAUGGGCGAUGCUGUCGGCUUCGCCCGCUCCAGCAUCAAGAGCGGCAAGGACGGCUCCACCUACAGCAAGAAGGAGCGGCGGCUGCGCUUUUUCAUCCGAAAGAUCGUAAAGACGCAAGCGUUCUACUGGACGGUGCUGUGCCUCGUCGGCCUCAACACCAUCUGCGUGGCCGCCGUGCACUACAACCAGCCCGAGCUGCUCUCCGACUUCCUGUUCUAUGCAGAGUUUAUCUUCCUUGGGUUGUUCAUGUCUGAGAUGCUGAUCAAGAUGUACGGUCUUGGCAUCCAGCCUUACUUCCACUCCUCAUUCAACUGCUUUGACUGUGUGGUGAUCGUGGGCAGCAUCUUCGAGGUGGUUUGGGCCACCAUCAAACCCGGCACAUCGUUCGGGAUCAGCGUCUUACGAGCGCUGAGACUUCUCCGAAUCUUCAAGGUCACCAAGUACUGGGCUCCUCUGCGCAACCUGGUGGUGUCUUUGCUCAACUCCAUGAAGUCCAUCGUCAGCUUGCUCUUCCUCCUCUUCCUCUUCAUCGUGGUCUUCGCCCUGCUGGGCAUGCAACUCUUUGGUGGACAGUUCAACUUUGAGGACGGAACCCCACCCACCAACUUCGACACGUUUGCGGCGGCCAUCAUGACGGUGUUUCAGAUCCUGACGGGAGAGGACUGGAACGUGGUGAUGUACGACGGCAUCGAGUCCCAGGGCGGGGUCAACGACAAGGGGAUGGUGUUCUCCAUUUUCUUCAUCGUACUCACCCUCUUUGGCAACUACACGCUGCUCAACGUCUUCUUGGCUAUCGCUGUGGACAACCUGGCCAACGCCCAGGAGCUCACCAAGGACGAGGAGGAGCAAGAGGAGGCGGCCAAUCAGAAGACGGCGCUGCAGAAAGCUAAGGAAGUGGCCGAGGUCAGCCCGCUGUCAGCCGCCAACCUGUCCAUCGCGGCCAGGGAGCAGCAGAAGAACCACGUCAAAGGUGGCAAGUCGGUGUGGGAGCAGCGAACCAGCGAGAUCCGCCGGCAGAAUCUGAUGACGAGCCGCGAGGCGCUCUACAACGAGCUGGAGCAGGAGGACUGGAAGGUGGGGGAGGAGGGAGAGGAGGUGUCGUAUCCACGAACAGGACGUGGGGACAUGAAGACCCACUUGGACCGUCCGCUUGUGGUAAAUCCACAGGAUAACCGCAACAACAACACCAACAAGACCCCGCCGGGCCAACUGCCUCUGGACUUAGAGUACAGGCGGCAGGAUCUCGACCACAGCCACCGCGUGGCCCACCACCAUCAUCACCGCCACCACCACCAUCAUCAUCACCACCACCAGAAGGCUGCUGGACCUGAGACUCUGGGCCAGGACCAGCCUGGGGUAGAGGGAGCCGACGUGGACCCAGAUUCCAACAACCAGGAGGCCCAAGCGGGGGAGGAAAGGCAUGGCCACCGGAGCCAUCGGGGUCACCGGCACAAGAACCGGGAGGGCAGGGAGGCUUACAGCGUGUCCCCUCGCCACGGCGGCGACGCUGGCGAGGGCAACAACGAGCACCGGCGGACCAGGCAGCACCGCAAGGCCGCCAGGGAGGGGGAGCCGGGCCAGAGGCACAGAUCCAAGGGAGCGGAGGGUGAGGGCGAGAAGGAGGAAGACGGGGAGGGUCGGAAGACCAGACGGCAUCGUCACGGCAACCAGGAGAGAAGUAGAGGACGUCGCUCCAGAAAGGAGCACCACGGCACAGGGACCAGCCUGUCCACCACGCGGCCCAUCCAGCAGCACAACGAGGACCUGGACAACCUGCGCAACAACAGCAGGCUCGCCAGUCGGCCGUACGACCUUCCGCCGGACCACCCCGACAACGUCAACAACCUGCUGAACUGCUGCGAUGCCGACACCCACACGCUUCUCCACAGCAUGGACAGCCUGAUCCUGAGCAGCAUGGCCAAGCCCGAUUACACCAGCAUCGACAUGCCCCCUGUCUACCCCUACCCGUCCACCAACGCCAUCCUGCAAGUGAACAAGAACGCCAACACGGACCAGAAGAAGAAUGAAGAGAAGAAGGAGGACGAUGACGACGAGGGAGACGAGGACGGGCCGAAGCCCAUGCCUCCGUACAGCUCCUGCUUCAUCAUGUCUACCACCAACCCGUUCCGGAAGUGCUGCCACUACAUCCUGACACUCAAGUACUUUGAGUUCAGCAUUUUGUCCGUCAUCGCCAUGAGCAGCAUUGCGCUCGCCGCAGAAGACCCGGUGUCGCCGGAUUCACCUCAAAACAACGUGCUGCGCUAUUUCGACUACGUCUUCACCGGCGUGUUCACUUUUGAAAUGCUGAUCAAGAUGGUGGUCCUAGGCUUGUUCCUCCACCAGGGCUCCUACUUCCGCGACCUGUGGAACAUUCUGGACUUUAUAGUGGUUAGUGGUGCUCUGGUGGCCUUCGCCUUCACGGGGAGCAGCAAGGGCAAAGACAUAAGUACCAUCAAGUCGCUGCGAGUGUUGCGAGUAUUGCGUCCUCUGAAGACCAUCAAACGCCUGCCCAAGCUGAAGGCCGUGUUUGACUGCGUGGUCAACUCCCUGAAGAACGUCUUGAACAUCCUCAUCGUCUACAUGCUCUUCAUGUUCAUCUUCGCCGUGGUGGCCGUGCAGCUCUUCAAGGGCCGCUUCUUCUUCUGCACCGACGAGUCCAAGGAGUUUGAGCGCGACUGCAGGGGCGAGUUCCUGGUGUACGAGAACAACGAGGUGAAAGCUCAGAAGCGGGAGUGGAGGAAGUUUGAGUUCCACUACGACAACGUGGCGUGGGCGCUGCUCACCCUCUUCACCGUCUCCACCGGCGAGGGAUGGCCGCAGGUGUUGAAGCACUCUGUGGACUCCACCUACGAGAACCAGGGUCCAAGCCCGGGCUACCGCAUGGAGAUGUCCAUCUUCUACGUGGUCUACUUCGUGGUCUUCCCCUUCUUCUUCGUCAACAUCUUCGUGGCGCUCAUUAUCAUCACCUUCCAGGAGCAGGGGGACAAGAUGAUGGAGGACUACAGUUUGGAAAAGAACGAGAGAGCCUGUAUCGACUUCGCCAUCAACGCCAGGCCGCUGACUCGCCACAUGCCCAAGAACAAGCUGAGCUUCCAGUACCGCAUGUGGCAGUUUGUGGUGUCGCCGCCGUUCGAGUACAGCAUCAUGGCGCUCAUCGCGCUCAACACCAUCGUCCUCAUGAUGAAGUUUGACGGCGCCUCAGAAACGUACGACAACGUCCUGAAAAACCUCAACAUCGUCUUCACUACUUUCUUCUUUAUGGAGUCCAUCCUGAAGCUCAUCGCUUUCGGUCCCCUGAAUUACUUCAAAGACCCCUGGAACAUUUUUGAUUUUGUCUCGGUGCUGGGAAGCAUCACCGACAUUUUAGUCACGGAAUUGGGGAACAACUUCAUCAACCUGAGCUUCCUGAGGUUGUUCAGAGCCGCUCGCCUCAUCAAGCUGCUGCGACAAGGCGAGACCAUCCGCAUCCUGCUGUGGACCUUCGUCCAGUCCUUCAAGGCCCUGCCGUACGUGUGUCUGCUCAUCGCCAUGCUCUUCUUCAUCUACGCCAUCAUCGGCAUGCAGCUGUUUGGGAACCUGGCGCUGAACCAGGAUGGUAGCGCCAUCACCCACCACAACAACUUCCGCACCUUCAUCAUGGCUCUCAUGCUGCUCUUCCGGAGCGCCACGGGCGAGGCGUGGCAUGACAUCAUGCUGUCCUGUCUGGGGGGCAAAGAGUGCGACCCGGCUUCAGGGAACACAGAGCCCGAAUGUGGCAGCACCUUCGCCUACACCUACUUUGUCUCCUUCAUCUUCCUCUGCUCCUUCCUGAUGCUCAACCUGUUUGUGGCCGUCAUCAUGGACAACUUUGAGUACCUGACCAGAGACUCCUCCAUCCUGGGGCCGCAUCACCUGGACGAGUACGUAAGGAUAUGGGCCGAGUACGACCCUGCCGCCUGCGGGCGCAUACAUUAUAAGGAUAUGUACAGUUUAUUGCGAGUUAUCUCCCCUCCCCUGGGCCUUGGCAAGAAGUGCCCGCAUAGGGUGGCCUGCAAGAGGCUGCUUCGCAUGGACCUGCCAGUGGCCGACGACAACACGGUGCACUUUAACUCCACCCUCAUGGCGCUCAUCAGGACUGCGCUGGAUAUCAAGAUCGCCAAGGGUGGUGCGGAUAAGCAACAAAUGGACGCCGAGCUUCGGAAGGAGAUGAUGGCCAUCUGGCCCAACUUGUCGCAGAAGACGCUGGACCUGCUGGUGACGCCUCACAAGGCAGCCACAGACUUGACGGUGGGCAAAAUCUACGCCGCCAUGAUGAUCAUGGAGUACUACCGGCAGAGCAAGAGCAAAAAGUCGCAGGCCAUGCGAGAGGAACAGGAAGGGAUGGCACCUCCUUAUUUGAACCAGACGCCGUCCAUGUUCCAGCGCAUGGUGCCCACGUCGGAGGACGGCGGCGACGACGGCGCCGACGGCCAGGGGGGGCAGGGCCUCAACGGCCUCCCGGGAACCCAGCCAGAAAACGUCAACAGCAUACCGCCUGAAGGGGGCAUGACCGAGAGCCCGUCAUGGAUGACCACCAAAGCCCAGGAUAUGUUCCAAAAGACGGGGAACUGGAGUCCGGACAGACCUUACCCUGACGAUCUCCAUGACAACCGCCACAACCCGCAGAAGGUAGAAAUGAGGGAGAUGGGGCGUGACGGGUACUCCGACGCCGAGCCCUAUCACGCGGUGGAUGGGCAUGGGCGGACCCUCUCCAUGCCCCGCCUCUCGGCAGACAACCAACGGCGAAGACACAGACCUGAUGGAAAUAACCUGAGUACCAUCACUGACACCAGCCCCAUGCGGCGCUCCACCUCCAGCCUGGUCCACGGGCGCACGGGCCGGGGCGUGAGGCUGGACGACUACUCCCUGGAGAGGGUGGUGCCCGAAGAAGGGCGGCACGGUCGCAGGCACAGGGACCGGAGUCACCGGACGUCCCAGCCUUCGCUGACGAGAUACACCGACGCCGACACGGGCUUAGGCACAGACCUCAGCACCACCACACAAUCGGGCGACUUGCCCCCCAAGGAGCGGGAGCGGGACCGCGGCAGGACCAAGGACCGCCGUCACCACCACCACCACCACCAUCACCACGGCUCCAUGGACAAGGAACGCUAUGAGCGCCACGACUACGCCCACAGACACUCCCACGACCGUCACUGGUCCCGCUCACCCAGCGAGGGUCCGGACGGACGGGGGCACAGACAGGGCAGUAGUUCGGUGAGCGGCAGCCCAGUCCCCUCCACCUCUGGGACCAGCACUCCACGGAGAGGUCGCCGCCAGCUUCCCCCGACACCCGCCGUCCCCCGUCCGCACGUCACCUACUCCCCGGCAGUCCGCAAGCCCGGCUACGGUCCCCCCGGGCUCGGCCGCUUGCGCUCGCCUUCGCCGCGACACUUCUCCCCGCCGGACCUGGACAGGGGCUACCACCACAGACCGCCGUCACGACAGGCCUCUCCCCAUCACGGGGGUUCGUCGUCCAGGCACGGAUCGCCGCGCUCCUCCAGGCACCAGUCGCCACGCUCGCCCAUCCACGGUUCGCCGAGGUCGCCGCACCGGGGCCGCUGGAGCGGACCUCCACUGGGGGACAGUAUGGAGGGGGACGGGCCCUUCUACGAGCGUGACUACGAGUACGAGCGGCACCACGAGCCGCCCGCCUAUGAGCAAAGCCUUUCGCAUGGCAACCCCCACCCGCAUGCGGGCAACCCGCACCCUCGCUCACCCAGGACUGCCCGCCACGGGCCCCCUCCGCCUCCACACCCGCACCCCCGCCGGGUACCCAACGGAUACCGCUCGUCCUCGCCUUCUCCACAUCGACGAGGGCCUCCCGGGGGGCCUCACCCCCACCCGCACCAUCGUCCCCCUCACGCUCGGGGGCCCCGCAAGGGCCUGCAUGAACCUUACAGCGAGACAGACGAGGACGACUGGUGCUAGCGAGGAGGAGUACCGCGGACCCACCGAAGUUGAACAAAGCAAACGUUGGGGGCGGGGCCAAAAGGGGGGGGGGGGGACAUCCUCCCUGAGCCUUCAACUUCUCGAACUCUUAAAGGAGAAGACGAGGGGCCGCCGAGCUAACAAAACUUUGCUUUCCACAAACGAGACUGCAGGCGAAAGUCUAAAGCAUGUCAACUUUUAUUUAUUUAUUUUUAUUUAUUUAUUUUUCAAAAAAGAUUCCUGGUCGCAGUUUGAGGCCUGAACUCUGAUUGGCUGAAAUCGACUGUAGUCAGUUCUUGCUGCUUCCACUUUGAGCAAUUUUAAAAGACCAACUGAUGACCCCCCGCCCUUUGAACCCUUACAAGCCAAGCUUUGCCUCAUUAGAACUUCAUCACCGAAGAACAAAACUUUAUAAACAAUGCAGAGGAAAAAUAAAAAAGGGAGAACAACCACUUUUAUCUUCAACCUUUUCCUUUCCCAACGACAGAACCAGGAAGCUCCGCCUAUUCUGCAAAAACCGGCCAAUCCCAGCGCUGGCUGAUACUUGAUGAGUUUUAUCAUCUCUUGUUUACUGUUACUCAGACUGCUAUGACAUCACUUCCUGCCCGGCAGGUGGGGGGCAGGGGGGGGGAACGCUUGUUAAGCCCCGCCCGUCCGAACGGCGGCCCCCCCCCCGGCGGGAAGUGACCUCAAGAGGCCGGAAGGGGGCGGAGCGGAGGAGAAGUCGGGGGAUAAAAGGAACACACUCGACUUCUCGGCGAAGACCUGCAUGACGGACUCGACACACCUGGAGGGGGGCGGGGCUGCAAGGGGGGACAUUUAGGUUUACAAAAGAGGACUUUCUCUCAGCGGUCAGGGUGGGCGCUUUGGGGGCGCGGGGCUGACAGGCUGAGUGACAAGGAAGAUAUUUAAUAUUGUCCACGACGCAUUGAUUGAUUGUUGAUUGAUUGAUUGAUUGAUCUACUGUAGAAUCGUUACGUCCAUCUUGUUUACAUUUCUCUACGCCCACGUUUACCGGGUUCCCGACGCCCUCAGAUGAGCGCACUUCCCCUCAUUUUGUAGCGCCGUGGACACCCCCCACCCCCCUUCCUGGUAAGGAGAUGGCGCCUGCCCACCCUGCCGGCUCCCCCCCCCCUCUUCUCAGGUGUGGCCCGGUUAGCGAGUCCCGUGAGGUCGUAGCAAAGCCGACGCCUCCUGCCAAAACAAAAAAACCAACAAAAAAAAAAACCUUGUCAGUAUUUCGUUUGACAUCUUUGUUGUUUUUGUCCUCGUUUUUUGACGAUUCGCCAUGCUAGCUUGUUGAGUAGACAAUAGAUCACGUAGCCGUAGUUCUUGGUCGGUAGUUCUUUCGGUGCCGCUCUGGAACUUGCACUAUUUUCUUCCCGGACCCCCCGCCCGCGUCUCCCCCAGACCCCCGCCCCCCGCCCACCCCAUAGUCUUUUGACUCUAUGCAGACCUCAUGAGCGUCCGUGUGAGCCUCCGCACUGUAAAACCCAUGACUGACAGGCAAAGGUUGGCCCCCCCUUUUUGCACACAUGGCGCCUGCUGCGAGACCCCCUACCCCCCCCAACCCCCGGCUCCCCUUUCCCUGCAUUUGUUGUCGCCGCCCCAGCCCUGUUACACACAAGUGUCGCCUCCCAAGAAGUGCGGCACUGAGAACGCUUUGUCGUCGUAUGGAUUGUCACAAACCUCCCCCCACCCCGGGCCCCCCCCCUCCCCCUCGACAGAGCCGCAGUGCCUUCUGUAUCACAUCAGUCAUCCGGCCAAAUUGGCCCCCGCCCUCCUUAUUCCUUCCUCUAUUGGUCAAGAUGGACAACUCUACGCCUUAAAAAGUCCAGUCCCGCCGGCUCCCUCGCCAGCACCGUGACGGGUGGGGGGGUGUAAGGGGGGAACGCUUCUUAAGGCGGGGCCCCAAGGGGGGGGGGAAUUGAAGUCAGCUCGUCCAGCAGGAGGCGCUGCUGUCACGAGGGUUUACAGACGUGCUUGGCUAACUUCUCAGGUCCCUCUAGAGUCAGGUAGCCCGGCGGCGAAGACAACAAGCGGGUCCGGGGUCCUACAGCGGGCGUCAGACCGGACCGUACCCCCGUGCCCCCCAACACGUGACCUGGCUUGACCGCCAUGUUGUCCGGAAUUGUAACCCUGCCCUCACACUCCACUCCACGCCACAUUCUGUAUUCUCGCGGGGACGCCGACGACCCCCGCGCCCCUUCAGCGCGGGCUGCGGAGUCACGCGCGGCUGGCGAGACACAGAAAUUAAGGGCUCUCUCUUUCCAAAACAAAAACGAAAAAAAAAAAAUGGUGUUAUUGUACAGUCGUGCCGCCAAAAGUCGUGCUAAUGUAGCUGAAGCCGCCCACGUGCGUGUUGCUGGGGGG